GCAACAAUGAUGGAGCCUCAGUUAUUGCAUUGGCUCUCGGCUCUCGUGAUCUCAGCUUGUCUUUUGAUCUCCGUCUUCGCUUUCUAUGGCUUUUUCAUGAAGCCGAGCCGGAACAGUAGACUAGAAGACCCUACAACCUCGAGGAUCCAUAACGAUCGGACCGUCUCUACCGUCACCUCAACCGUCGGAUCUCUGAAUACUAACGGCGGAGAUACCGUUGCCGAUGUCAUUGUUGUUGGAGCCGGAGUCGCUGGUUCUGCUCUGGCUUACACUCUUGGAAAGGAUAAACGCAGAGUUCACGUGAUUGAAAGAGAUUUAUCUGAGCCAGAUCGCAUUGUUGGGGAGCUGUUACAACCUGGUGGCUACCUCAAGUUACUGGAAUUGGGAAUUGAAGAUUGCGUGGAGGAGAUAGAUGCGCAGCGUGUGUAUGGUUAUGCACUUUUUAAGAAUGGGAAACGAAUUCGCUUAGCUUAUCCCUUGGAGGAGUUUCACGAAGAUGUAUCUGGAAGGAGCUUUCACAAUGGUCGCUUUAUUCAAAGAAUGCGAGAGAAAGCUGCUUCACUUCCCAAUGUUCAGCUAGAGCAGGGAACAGUUGUUUCUCUUCUAGAAGAAAAUGGUACAAUCAAAGGUGUGAGAUAUAAGAACAAAGCAGGGGAGGAACUAACAGCGUUUGCAGCUUUGACUGUAGUUUGUGACGGAUGUUUCUCAAACCUGCGUCGCUCUCUAUGCAAUCCUCAGGUCGAGGUACCUUCUUGUUUCGUCGGGUUGGUCCUAGAGAACUGCAAUCUCCCAUAUGCAAACCAUGGACAUGUCGUCUUAGCAGAUCCAUCACCAAUUCUAAUGUAUCCAAUUAGUAGCACAGAGGUCCGGUGUCUAGUCGAUGUUCCCGGUCAAAAAGUGCCUUCCAUUGCCAAUGGUGAAAUGGAAAAGUAUUUGAAAACUGUUGUGGCUCCUCAGCCAGUGGCAUCAACAAUCAACACACUCGCGAACGCUCUUUACAAAGUCUUUUGUGCAUCUAAAGACGAAGCAAGAAACGAGAUGAGAGAAGCCUGCUUCGAUUAUCUGAGUCUUGGAGGAAUGUGCACAAGCGGACCAGUAUCUCUGCUUUCGGGUUUGAACCCGAGACCUUUGACUCUCGUCUGCCAUUUCUUUGCGGUUGCGGUUUAUGGAGUCAUACGGUUGUGUAUCCCAUUCCCUUCACCAAAACGCAUUUGGCUUGGAGCCAAAUUGAUCUCGGGAGCGUCGGGGAUAAUAUUUCCGAUAAUAAAGGCGGAAGGAGUUAGGCAGAUGUUUUUCCCAGCAACUGUGCCUGCUUACUACAGAGCUCCACCGGUUAGUGGAGAAACGAUAUGUUCAUAG